CUCACUGAACCCGUGUUCACGGUCUCCUCCCACUCCUGUCGUCAAAGGAUGAGUUGUUAGCCUGUCUGUUAGCAUGCUAGCUAACUGCACACAACUAUACCAACGGACGGCUGAAAAUCAAAAAAGAAAGAGGAUGAUACAGCAAACCUUCUAACAACUGCGAAAUGGAUUCACCAACUUGACAGCCAUUCGAGGAGGACUAAAACCAGAACAAGACUGAAGCUGUUCUAGCUUUUUCUUUAUUAAUAAACCUUCCAGCAGACUAAGUGACGACGUUUGACCCAAUAUGAUGAACACGUAUAGCAUCUGUUUGUAUGAAGUUAUCUACCCACCUUAUAUCGUAUGUAUGUCAACGGAUGUCGGUCUCCAACUGAAGGAAUAUGUAUUUACUUAACGACUGCGUUGAAUUGUGUUUAACACGCACUUCUGCGUGCAUUUCAGACUUGUCAGUUUGUAAGCAACCUAGCAAUAGCUGGCCUGAGAAAGUAUUGUAGUUAUCUUGUGGGCACUUACCUGCUGAGUUAGCUUUCACCCAGUCACCUCGAUUAGCAUUGUAGCUGCUCAGCGAGCUGGUAGCUUUUGACCUGUGAAUAUUAAAACGGGGCCUUACUGUUUGUUAGCUAACUUUUCGCUAGCUACGUGAGUCUUUAAAUUCACUUUUUACAAAAGCAUCGGUACGUUUUCCUCUCUCUAUUUAGUGAAGGCACAGUUUUAUGAAAUGCAUCAUUCUGAAUUAACCGGGGAUUCUCCCGGAACCAAGAAAAUGGCACACGCAUCGAUGUUUACCAGUCGUAGAGGCAGUAAUACUGGAAAUGGUGACAUGUCUGCCUCGCUGAAUGCAGUCAGCAUGAACUGUAAUGCCAUUCUGACUGAUGACCACAAGUCGUCAAUAUUAAUUCACCAUGCACCCCCUGCUGGAUCAUCAACACCCACCUGCCUGAAUUUAAACAUCCAGUCUCAAUCCCACCAAAGUGCUGGGGCACAAGGAAAAAAGAAAAGUGGCUUCCAGAUUACAAGUGUUUUGCCAGCACAGGUCAGUGCUAACACUAACCACAGUAUAGCAGAUGAUACAGAAGGCUAUGAUGAUAUGGAUGAGUCCCAUACUGAGGAUCUGUCCUCUUCUGACACUUUUAAUGUGUCUGUAUCACGGGAGUCAGUCACAGGAAUUCCUGAGAUAAGUUUUUCAGAAGAAACACUAAAUGGUCUACAUGGAAGAGAGACCCCUGGAGAUGUAUUACCUAAUGAACCAGGGAAUCCUCACCUGCACUCUGUUCAGCCAGGAUGUAUGUUGAAUGGGACUAUUUAUCACCAUAAGGACCAUGGGUUGAGCUCUAUACCUACACCACAACAACCAUUUCAAGGGCUAACUGUGUACUCUUCAUCACUUAAUAGCAGUGCUCUUUCAUCAGACACCACUGUGCAGUCUGUUGCUGCUGUCCAGAGUAGAACCCAAAGAUUAGAUUCAGACCAAGAUGCUGUUGUAGAUGUUUGUGCCACUGUAAAUGUGAACCAGAUCUCAAUUUCAGCAUCAAGUUCUGCAACUGGUGCCAGUGGAGCAGGGAUGCCAGGGGGUGUGAUUAGGUCAAAUGCUAUUGAGGGAAGACUCCUUGGCACAACAGAGUCUACAGGAAACAGUACAACAGGAAUUACAGUAACCGCUGUGCAGAAUUUCACUGCACCCAGCACUACUCAAAUUCAGUCUUCCACAGCCAUUGCCUCCCGUUUCAGGCUGGUAAAGCUGGAUUCCAGCUCAGAGCCCAUCCGAAAGGGACGAUGGAUGUGCACAGAGUAUUAUGAGAAAGAAGGUCCUGCUGCAGCAGCUCCAUUUUCAGAUGCAGCCUCUAGCUAUCGAGCUGUGGAUAGUUUUAUCCAUCCUGAGAGUGAUGGUACAAUUGAAGGAUCCUCUUGUAACACACUGAGUGUUUUAGGAGAUCAUGGAAUGCAGCCUACCCAACAGAACUGUGUUCCCCCUGCUGUCUCUGUUCUUCACCCAAGUCUUACCCAACAAACUUCUCAACUUCACAUGCAUUUCCAAGAUACUGGAAUAAACACUCCUACUUCACCACCUUUAGCACCCUGUAACAACCCACAAGUUAUUUCAGUCCCAAGUCUAUUAGGAACUGAGAGUCAGCCUUCCCCUCCCACGGCCCAGCAGCAGAUCCCCAAUAAUGUAGAAGGCCUUUCUGACAAGUUAAUGGGUGGCUACCCUAUAAAUCAAUUUUCUAGGCUCAUGAGCCAGGAUUUACAGGGAUUAGAUUAUGCACAGAUUUCAAAUAGCACCCAGGCCCCUUCUCAGUUUCAUCAAAUGCUGACAAUUCAGAGCUGUAUAACGCUUAAGGCUACUGCAGCACCUAGCCUUCCAGCUGGGACCCCCACAAUACCUGUCCCACAGUCUGUAUCUCCAAAGCCCCAAGUUCCAUUUCCACAGAUGUUGUUGGCAAAAGGGAGCACAAUAAAUCAGGUCCAGCAAUAUCAACUACAAAUGCCUCCAGAACAGCAGGCUACUGCUAAUCAGCCACCCCAAUCAGUGUCCUUGAAUACAGGCCAGACUACUCCUAGUAAAUCUUCCUCUUCUCUUCAGAGCAAUAUUCAACCAGCCAUUCCAACAUACCUCCUGCAUGAAGGUCUUGCUGGCGAUCACCCUCGAGGCCAGUCCUCCCAGAUUCCCCCAGCAAGAGACCCUUAUGGUAGUGUAGCACCUCUGAUCACCUCACAGCUUGAAGAUGCCAGCCAUCUACUUUUCCAACACCAGUCCCUACUUUCACAGUGUGGCUCUGAAGCAAGUGUCAGUUUUGGACAGGAGGGAGAUGCCAGUUUGGGCACAGAUGAAGACAGCUCUUUAGGUGCCAGUGUUGUGGCUAUUGACAACAAGAUUGAGCAAGCAAUGGACUUGGUGAAAAGCCACCUGAUGUAUGCUGUACGUGAAGAAGUAGAGGUGCUAAAAGAACAAAUAAAAGAUCUGAUUGAUAGAAAUUCCCAGCUGGAGCAGGAAAACAACCUACUAAAGAACCUGGCUAGUCCUGAACAGCUAGGUCAGUACCAGGCUCAGGUACAGAGCACCUCCCCAAACAUUGCAACUCAGUCAGCAACUCUGGAAGGUCUACCAACUUCACAGACCCUGGGUUUGGGUCCUUCAGUAUAACUACAUCCUAACAGUGUAAUGGAGGACUACUGGCCUAUACUCUCACCAAAACAUAACACACGUUAAUCAACACUGUGAACACUUUCAAAGAUGGAAGCACAAUUUAAUGCCACAAUUGCUGAGGCUUGAGGAUAUACUUCUAAACUCUUUGCCAUUUGCACAUAUAUCUAGCUUGCUGAGAGCCAACCCCUAGAGAGCUUUAUAUGCUUCAGACAAUCAAUACUGAGAAAAAUGACUUGAAGUGGACUGUAACAAAUGCCAAUCAUGGAGGAUAAAGAUCUUUGGAAUUUAGGUCUAAUGACUUGCACCUCUGCAUGCACAAAAGUCUACUUGGUAUUAUUCAUUUCAGCAGUAAAUGUGAAUUGUGGUUAUUUAUACAUGGUCCAUUUUUUAUUGACCAAUGCAUAUAUAUUUGUCUUAUUUUUUUCCAUUCUUAAAAUAAAAAGGAGAAAGCACUUUACAAUGAUUAAAAAUGAAGAAAAUAAAAGAAAUACAUACUGUCCCAUAUAUAAAUCUGAAAUUGAUUUAUAAUCUAAUGCAUAUUAGCACGGACUAGAUGAAGGCUGCAUUUCAUGCCUCAGUGUUCAGACUUUAAUCUUGUAAUUUCUGCCCAUUUAAACUUGACUCAUUUGGUCUUAAGCAGGCAUACAGAGCAUUUCAAUUGAGGGACAUUAGUAUUUUUCUGCUACCAGCCUAAGGCUAGAUGUCCAUUAAGAGUUUGUGAACAUUUUGAAUUAAUUUUGUUUGUAAAAUAAAUGUUCUCCGUGUAAAAAUGACUGAUAAAUGUAGCAGGAAAAUUAAAAAAAAAAGUGAGUUGUUAAUGUCACACUUUGUGCAAAUCAAGUUCAGACUGAAUAUACCAUAGUUCGGACUGAGCACACUGUAUUUGCUACCAUCCUCAUAAUAAGGAGCAGUGCACACUGAUGAAAAUGUGUUUGAAAUUCUGAUAACAGAUCUUAUUUUAAUGAAAAUAGGUGGGAGGUAAAAUUGAAAAAGCUAUAAAUAAUUUUGUUAUAAGAUGUUUAUAUCAUUAUAAUCAACCAAACAGUGUUUUAUAUUUGGGCACAGCUUUUAUUAUGUGUGUGUUAUAAGGAUAGGAAUGGGGACAGUAAAAUAGGAAAUAUGAUCAAUGAGAAACAGGUUACUAUGAGAAGUCUUUCUGUGAUUCUUCAUAUGCUUGUUGGUUGUCAUCUGAUCUUAGUGUUUGAAAGAUUUUUUUAAUUUUUAUCCAGAGGCUCACCAAAGUUUGCAGACAGAAGCCACGGUUGUGAUUUCCCAACAAUACAAUGGCUCAAUGCUAGUUUGUACCUGCUAAAAUUAGAUUGACUGAAGGUGGUCAUCUUUUUUGUGUUUUCAGUAUUGAUUAAAAAUAUCAAUUAUUAGACUGAUGUACAGCACAUCAGAUUGAUCAGACUUUUUGGUUCUGAGAAAGAGCUUUCAACUUGUUUGUGCUCCUUUUCAGUGGUUAUGGCCCAAACUUUGCAUAGUCGUUUGCGAUAGAUGCAUUUCAAGAUUUGUGCACUUCUCCUUAGAGGUGAAUGAUGUGGUGGCCUUAUAAAUGUCCAAAAUAUUAAUUUAGUUCGGAUAAGCGGUAGAAGAUGAAUGAAUGAAUGAAUGAAUUUACUUUUUUUUUUUUUUAUUUUAUUCAAGUGGACACAAAUUGAUGUAAUGGGUGCAUACAUGUCUCAUGACAAUAACUCUGGUUAUUCAGUCAAAUGCAAGUCUAUGAUGACAAAGAUUUUUAGAAUGUGUCAAUUUAAUUAAAAAUUUACAGAAAGGCAAAUAAAUGCAUCAUAUCAAAUAUUA